CUCUCAGGACGACGGCAGCUUAAUGUUACAAACUGCGAGUCAAACAUCAGAAUUUGACAUCCAGCUGCUCGGGCUCGAAAUAAAGUUCAGUUUCUUCUUUCUGCUGAGCAACCUCUCAACCUUUGGACUAAAAAGUAAAGAUUGUCUUUUUUUCCUUGUUUGAGACAAGGGACUUUUCUAAAACACGAGCUCAUAAGUGACUCUAUAAAUAGCGUCAUUAAAAGGGUGCGGGGCUCAUGUGCGUCAGAGCGGCCCAGUAACGGGUUUUGUUUGUUUUAAACGCCGCCCUCACGUGAACCGGGUAUAACUCUCUACUCUGUGGUCGCAGAUGGAGUCUCUGGGAGUUGUGCUACUUUUAACCGUAAUUCCUGCACAGACAGGCCAAGAUGAGGUUCAAGUGGAGGCUGGAGCUGAUGCAACUCUUGACUGCCAGGGUCUCACUGAAGGGACUAUCACAGUGUUAGCGUGGAACAAGAGGGGCAUGAAUUCAGUUUAUUAUGUCUUCUUCUACCGGGAAGAUCGUCCUUACAACACUUUCCAGCAUCCCUCGUUCCAAGGUCGAGUGGAGCUGGGAGAUCCACAAUUGAAAGGUGGAAAUAUGUCCAUCAUUCUGCACAACACCACCGUUAAUGACACUGGGACAUAUGAGUGCCACAUCUCAUAUCAGAGUGGCUCAGGACGCGACAAGAGAGUGAUCCCUGAGAUCAUCAGUGAAACCAGCCUGAAGGUUGUUCCCACAGGUCAGACACACACAGAGGGUGAAAGGAAGGAGGCAGGAUCUGUUGGACUCAUUGUUGGUCUGUCACUUUCUGCUUUGGUUCUUAUUGCUGCUGCUGGUUUUGUGAUCUUUUUUGUGAAAAACUUAAUACUUCAGAGACAGGAUUCCUACCAGCCUCCUGUUGAACUGCAGCGAGUUUGAAAUUCUGCCAUUCCAAGCUUGCUAUUUUCACUCGGCAUGGGUCAAGACAUUAUCUGACAACGUACAGAAAUAAAUGUUACUUCAUAUCGUUACCAUAAAACAUUUCUAGAAUUUGAAAAGCUGACCAACAGGUGGCUGAAACAAGCACAAAACCAGAGUAUAAUUACAGCAUCAUCCACUGCCAUGGACUCUAAAAAUGUUGGAGCUUUGAGUUGCUGAUAAUGAGGUUUCUGGUUAUGAACCAAAUUAAGAGCCAAAACAAGAAAUUGUUUCCUGUUUGUUCCUAUGCUGCGUAAAAAAAUUAAAUCAGAUCAACAGAUUUCAUGGUGCUGAAUGUGGCAUUUCUCUUUCCUAAACUCAGAGCGUUACAAGCUUUUUGACACGACUGGUGUGUUCAUUGAUCAAACACGUUACCUCAAACAGUCCAAACAGUCUCACAGCACUUUAUGAAACAGUCACAACUUCUAAUUGUGGUUCAUGUCCCUGAACACUAAAUUAAUAUUUUCCCCUUUUAAAGAGUAGAAAGUCCACAUCCUGACGUUGGAGGGGCUGAAACUGCUGGGUUGGGGUUGGAUGGAAAUGCCAGUUCUCAAAGUCAGAGUUUUUUUUAAAAAAAAGAGUCUUUAUUCUCACUAAAGAGUUUGACAAAAAGAUGUGCUACACUCAUGGAAUACAUGAUUAUAAAGUCAUGCUGGCUGUAAUGAAGUGAACAUUUGUGUCACUGAACACAAACACUGUUUUGUGACUGUUUCAUAUUUCCUAAGAGACUGGGCUGACUGUGUUUACACCAUGUGUUUAGUGCUAAAGGCAGGAUUCAUUUUAAGCUUUAAAUCUGUAAGCUGACUUUCAUCUGUGAAGUGUUUUUUAUACAGUGAACAAAGCUUUACAUUAUUAAGCUGAUGAUUUAUUUUGUACAUAAUAACUGAAGUUAAUGUAACACUGGCAUCAAAUGACUCUUUCUGACUUUAGUUAACUUUUUUUAAUGAUAUUUAUUUUAUAUUAGCACCAACCAGUGUUUUUUUUUUAUUUUGUGUCAGUGUUGUGCUGCCAACUCUGAGUCCAAAGGGUCUGAUGAAAAUGCUAAUUUUAAAAUGUAUAUUUGAGUAAUUUGUUUGUCACCUCUCCUCCAAACUGCACUGGACCUCAUUCAAGGAACUGCCAAAACAAUCCAGUUCAGUUUCAUGGAGGAAGGUGCCAAGUGUAGUAGGAAGGA